AUGGUCCGACAUUUGAAUCAUGUGGAAGAGAGAGUUCUCGAGGAAUUGGCCUGGACCAAAGAUAGCGCUCUUUGGACGGCGCUAAGUCGAAAACCUGACAGCGUACCAACAUGUGAUGAAGCUUGGGGAAAUCCAAGGAUACUAAAUCCGUUAGGCUCGCCACCAAAGAGAAUGCGUUACGAUUCCGAGUCAAAUAGCUUUUCCCAGCUACAGUUACCACCUUGCAAUGCGCAGAAGUCGUUUUUCAGCAAGAUAUAUUACCUAGCCUCAAUCCGACUUUCUGAUCUUUGCGAGCGGAUACGGGUAGACGACCGUGGCCGAAGGAUGAUGUGGACGGUAUUUGAGUACAUAGUUAAGGAGGAGCGGUCACUUUUUGUGGACAGGCAUCUUGACCAGAACUUGCUAUGCAUUGUGUGA